CUUUUCGCUGAUGCAGGCUGCCCGGGGGCCUCCGCCGCCGGAGAGACUAGACGCCUUCCUUUCUUUUUUUUUUUUUUAAAUAUUUUUUUUUCUCCACCCCCUCUUUUCUUUCUUUCUUUCUUUUUUAUUUUUUUUUCUCCUCUCAUGUGUUCACUUCCGGGUCCGGUGCCGCUCCGGAUGCUCGAGGCCGAAGGAUGUUUGACCUCCGGAUAAGCGAGGCGCCGCCGUGCAUUCAUUCCCGGUUGCCUCGGUGGCCACAGCCGCGGCCCGGACGGCGACUCGGCGCUCAGCGGCGGCAGUAGGAGGCGCCGGCGGCGGCGCGCGGAGCCAGUAGACGCGGGGGGCCUGUCCUCCCCUCGCUCGCUCGCUCGCGCCUUCCUUCCCCGGCCUCGUUCAUCUUCCGCGGCCGCCGGCGGCGGGGAUGUGCCGGCGCUGACGGGCGGACGCGCGCGCCGGGCCGAGCCCGCUGCCCGCGGCCGCGCCUCUGAGCUCUCUAUCAACACCAGCUUGCAUCACCGAGAAGAUAAUUUUGAAGACAUACUUUGCUGAGAAGACAACUGAGAAGCUGUACGAAUGGGAUGAACACGCGUCACUUGACUGACUAUCCGCUGACGUUUGAGUGCUAGCCUUGCUCAUAGGGUACUGCUACCUAGUGAUGCACCUGCUCUUACAGUGCCCCAUUUCAUCGUGCUUGUCUUGAUUAAAGAAUUCAAAGUGGAGUACCGCAAACUUGAUAUGGAUAAUAAAAAGAAAGACAAGGACAAAUCAGAUGAUAGAAUGGCACGGCCCAGUGGUCGGUCAGGGCACAGCACUCGAGGACCUGGGUCUUCUUCAUCUGGAGUUUUAAUGGUUGGACCUAACUUUAGAGUUGGGAAAAAAAUCGGAUGUGGCAAUUUUGGAGAAUUACGAUUAGGGAAAAAUUUAUACACAAAUGAAUAUGUGGCGAUUAAACUGGAGCCCAUGAAAUCCAGAGCACCACAGCUGCAUUUGGAAUACAGAUUCUAUAAGCAGUUAGGAUCUGGAGAUGGUAUACCUCAAGUUUACUAUUUUGGCCCUUGUGGUAAAUAUAACGCUAUGGUGCUGGAACUACUGGGACCGAGUUUGGAGGACUUGUUUGAUCUCUGUGAUAGAACAUUUUCUCUUAAAACAGUUCUCAUGAUAGCUAUACAGCUGAUUUCUCGUAUGGAGUAUGUCCACUCAAAGAACUUGAUAUACAGAGAUGUGAAGCCUGAGAACUUCUUAAUAGGACGGCCGGGAAACAAAGCCCAGCAAGUCAUUCAUAUCAUAGAUUUUGGUUUGGCAAAGGAAUAUAUUGAUCCAGAGACAAAGAAACAUAUACCAUACAGAGAACACAAAAGCCUUACUGGAACCGCCAGAUACAUGAGCAUAAACACACAUCUAGGAAAAGAACAGAGUAGAAGAGAUGACUUAGAAGCUCUGGGCCAUAUGUUCAUGUACUUCCUGAGAGGCAGUCUUCCUUGGCAAGGCUUAAAGGCUGACACAUUAAAAGAGAGGUAUCAGAAAAUUGGAGACACAAAACGAGCCACACCGAUAGAAGUGUUGUGUGAAAACUUUCCAGAAGAAAUGGCAACGUAUCUUCGUUAUGUACGAAGGCUAGAUUUUUUUGAAAAGCCAGACUACGAUUACCUAAGAAAGCUUUUUACUGACUUGUUUGAUCGCAAAGGGUAUAUGUUUGAUUAUGAAUAUGACUGGAUUGGUAAACAGUUGCCUACUCCAGUAGGUGCAGUUCAGCAAGACCCUGCUCUGUCAUCAAACAGAGAAGCACACCAACACAGAGAUAAGAUACAGCAGUCUAAAAACCAGUCGGCAGACCACAGGGCAGCUUGGGACUCCCAGCAGGCAAAUCCCCAUCAUUUGAGAGCUCACCUUGCAGCAGACAGACAUGGUGGCUCGGUACAGGUUGUGAGUUCUACAAACGGAGAGCUAAACACGGAUGACCCCACGGCAGGACGGUCGAACGCACCCAUUACAGCCCCUACAGAAGUGGAGGUGAUGGAUGAAACAAACUGCCAGAAAGUAUUGAAUAUGUGGUGCUGCUGUUUCUUCAAACGAAGGAAAAGGAAAACCAUACAGCGUCACAAAUGACUGGACACAGGCAGAUCCUGGGGAGUUACUUACAUGUUCAUAUGCUGUCUCGUGAUUAAAAUCAUCUCUAUAGUGACCACAUAUAUUUUCAAGGACUCACUCUUGAAACAAAAAUGUCAUACUUUCAUAUUUCAUUUUGUGAUUGUCUUACAUUCAUUCCCCUCACCCCUAAUUUAACUUUAUGGAAGCUUUAAAAUUUUGUCAAAACGUGAGUGCUUUGCCCAUCAUUGAAUCAAAUGGACCAAUGAAGUGGUAUUGAUAAACACAGUUCCAUAGGACAUUUUUCAGAGGCUCUUCUGUUCUAGAAAACAAUACAGGUGUUCAAAUGUCAAUUAAUUGCACCCAAUUUGAUUUCUUUAUGUCUUCUAUAAAAGCAUAAUCAAGCAGGGAUUUUCUUCCCACUGGAUAGUGCAGCAGAGAAAACAGUUGCCCAAAUAUUAAAAACAGCUUUCUUGAACAGUUCCUGUUUUGUGGCAUCUGCAUUGAUUUCAGUAUGACUGAUGGUACUGUUAAUCGUGAAUCAUAUUGACAUUCUCUCUGUGAAAUCAUGGUACAGUCACUGCCCAGAGGUACUGAGGAAAAUGUACUAUGGGAUUGGCAAACGGUGGCGGUAAAUGAAUCAGCAGUGUUGGCAAUGUGAGCUCGGCUUCUGUGGCGUGACUGUGUGAAGUGCAGCUGCAGAAGAAGCAGAAACGCCAGGAAGGUUUGUUUAAUGUCACUCUCUGCUUCCAGAUGAUAAUAGAGGGCAAGAGAUGAGUCCUGGAGAAGUAAUGUACAGUUUAAAAGCGCACUAAGGAAAGGGUGACAGUGGGAAACCUGUCUCGGUGUGUAAGGCUGAAGCCCCUAAGAGCCUACUGCCCAGUGGCCACAUUCUCUCGGAAGCAGAAGCCUGAGGCCGUGCUGUAGAGUGGUGGCUGCCUGUGAUGCCGUUCUUCAGACACAGAAAAGAGUCUUACUCCCAGCAGUAAGCCCCGGGUCACUCUGGCCCUCUGUGCGCAUCAGUCUCGUGUGUUCAGACUUGCUAGUUCUCUGACAUUUCCUGUCCUGAGCAUAAUAAUGUGGCUGAUUGGAGAAUGUUCCGGAGAGGGUGGGCCGGGUGCUUUGCCUCCGUAGCUUUCACAGUGCCUGCAUAUGCACAGCGUAACAGUUCUGUUAUGAGCCAAGUCCAUCCCACUUUGCAAGUGUACUCUGUUUUACGCCAUGAGGACACAGGCAUACUUUGUGUCAUCCUGUCAGCCGGGUGGUGGAGAGUUAAAAAGGCUGGCCAGACAGAUGCUGUUGAUCAUAUCACACAUUCGUCUCCUACUUAGGAAACUGUCACUCCUUCCCUGCACUCUCCUGUCUGUCUUAAGUGUGAGCCUUCAGGUAUGCUUAUUUAUUUUUUUUGUCUCAAGGUAACAUUUAAAAUAUGUAUUAAAGGAAAUGAAUCCACAUUUUUUACUUCAUUAUUGAAUUUACAGGUAUUUAAUUGUAUUUUGUAAUUUAUUUUUCUUAUUAGCCAAAAGUUCAAUGUGUUGCUUUUGAUAAAUUGGGCGCCCACAUGAACAUCCCAGAUCAGGACAUUAUCUUUUUUCUUGAUUUUGAAGACCUACACUCAACUGAGAAAACAUUUGCUGUAUAAUUUGAUCAACAGUUUCCAUUCUCUUUGUAUACUGUCAUGAUACCUAAACUGCAGGAGUUAAAUACUGAGUUUUUUUAUUUUGUUUGCUCUGAGCAAGGUAGAUGGAUAUUUUGGCCAUUUAUAAUGUGAAACCACUUCUUUACAGUAUUUGACCAAAUUUGUGUGUCUAUGAUAUUUGUAAAUACAUGCGAUAUCUGUAUUUCUUAUCAUAAACCUAUUUAGUUUUAUUCUCAGUAGGGUUUUUUGGACUGUACAGUGUUUAUAUGAUCUGAACUCCUUAUACAUAAGAAGGUGUGUAUAUUAAUCCAAUUAUGGACUUAAAUAUUUUAAAAGUAUGAAUACCCUUAUUUGCUGCAAAGGCCAGUGUAUAGACAUUUGCUUUUUAGCAAUAUUUUUAAGUGCUCCGUUUUCGUGCUGGAGAAGAAGCCUUUGGCGCACAGACUGGUCAGUAAUAGGUGAUGCAGGUAUGUUCAGGUUAAGCCAACAAUGUUUUGCAUUUCUGUGCUUCUUUUCUGUCAACACUAAUGAAAUCAACAUUGCCUGAAUGUCUGAAUACUGAAACACAGCCCUGUUUAAAAGUAUGUAACUGAAAAAAAAAAAAAAAGAAAUAAAUAAAGGUAGUUUUUUUAAACUUGCUCUUUCCCCUUUC